UUUCUCCACUUAAAUUAUAUUUUAUCAUGUAUUAUCUUUUUUAUGUUGUUUGUAAUGUAAGUAGGGCUUUCUUUGUGUUUUAUGCACAAUUAGCACUUUGCGAGCUAGUUCAUGUUUGUCACCAGGAAACCACAAUCGAUGACCCUCCCUCUGUCCAUGAAAUUGUUUUGCAGCCAUUAAGCCAAGUGGGACAUCCAAUUGGUUGGAUUUAAAUUAUUCAGAGGAUAUAUUAUCUAUUGUUGAACACGUUCACUAUGGUUCACCCAGACACAAUUCAAUUCGGCGAGGAAAGGAGGUUUAUUGUUGAAAAUUCCGCCAUGCUGUUGUUAUGGGCAGUGACAUUGUUUAGAGGAGUUGACAUACACUACUAGAAAAGUGGGAUUUUACGACAGGCAUUUUAGGCCGGUUGAUGGAAAACCGGCUUAGAAAGAACAUAAUGGCAUUUUGGUAAAUAAAUGCAACACCUCUAUUACGGUUUUUGGGAAAACGCCUUUAAAAGACCGUAAUUCUAAGAUGGUUUUUAUAAAAACCACCUUAGAAUAUGACUCUACAUUUUUUAAUAUUUCAUUUUCUCUCUCCAGCCUCUCGCGUUCUCACUCUUCAACUUCCCUCUCAUUCUUCGACUCCGCUUCUAGGGUUCCGCCGUCAUCGCUAUUGCCCUCCUCGAUGCUCUUCCUCCUCUAAGGUUCCUUAGCCGUCAUCGCCGAUGCCAUCAUACCAUACAUGUAACGUGCUUCAUCUUCACUUCUUUUUGUUCUUCUUCUUCUUCGUUUUGUUUCUGCCAAUUUCGAUGUCGGAAAUUCCUAUUACCUCCAGCUAUGCUUCCACCUUUUCUUAUUCUGCUGCGUAUGCUCUUCAUGAGAAAGACACGACACGGCGAUGAAGACGGAGAACAAUGGUGGUUCUUCUACACACGUGCGAGAGUGCAUCACCAUCAUCUGUGCUUGCAGGUGUAGGUUCGUGUGGGUUGGUGGUUGAAAAAAAAAGGUGGUUAAUAUCACGAUUUUUGAGUGAAGGAACAGUGAGACUUUUUUUUUUUAUAUCAUGGUUAUUGGGGAUGAAUCCUUACCCGUGGUGGUUCUUGCUUAUAUUAUGAUCAGGUUUUCUGUGUGGGUCUCUGGUGUUUGGAUGAAUAUUGGUAUUAUAGUUUGUUCACUCUAUUUAUGCUGUUUAUGUUUGAGUCAACCAUGGCAAAAAGUCGGUUGAAAACUCUAACUGAGUUAAGACGUGUUAGAGUGGAUAGUCAGAUCCUAAUGGUACAUCGCUAUGGCAAGUGGGUAAAAGUCUCUGGUACAGAGCUUUUGCCUGAGGAUGUUGUCUCCAUAGGUCGCUCUUCUGGUCAGAAUGGGGAGGAGAAGUCUGUACCAGCAGACAUGCUUCUAUUGGCUGGAAGUGUGAUUGUGAAUGAAGCUAUUCUAACAGGCGAGUCUACCCCUCAAUGGAAGAUUUCAAUUGCGGGUAGGGGGAUGGAGGAGACAUUGUCAGCAAGGCAAGAUAAAAACCAUGUGUUAUUUGGUGGAACAAAAAUAUUGCAGCACACUCCAGAUAAGAGUUUUCCUCUAAAAACACCUGAUGGUGGCUGCUUGGUUGUUAUCUUGAGAACGGGGUUUGAAACAAGUCAAGGAAAGUUGAUGCGAACAAUCUUAUUCUCUACGGAAAGGGUGACUGCUAAUAGCUGGGAAAGUGGAUUCUUCAUUUUAUUCCUGGUUGUAUUUGCUCUUAUUGCUGCUGGUUAUGUGCUUGUUAAGGGGCUAGAAGAUCCCACAAGGAGCAAGUAUAAACUUAUACUAAGUUGUUCACUUAUUGUUACUUCUGUGAUUCCUCCUGAGUUACCAAUGGAAUUAUCAAUAGCUGCUAAUACUUCCCUGAUUGCACUGGCAUGGCGUGGCAUUUUUUGCACAGAGCCUUUUCGAAUACCAUUUGCUGGAAAGUGUUGGGAUCCCUCCUUAAUUCGAGAGGUUCUAGAAAAUUUUGGAGCUUUCUGGAAAAGUGUAGAAUUUUCUAGAACGUCCUGGAGAACUCUAGAGUAGUGUAAAACUCUCUAGAAGCUUGUGAAAGAAUGUGGAAACCUCUGGAAUAUUCUAGAGAUGUGUGGAACCUUCUGGAACCUUAUGGAAGGAUAUGAAAAAGAGUAGAAGAGUGUAGAGACUCCUAGAAUGUGUGGAGCAUUCUAGAGAAUUAAUCUCCACCCUAGGAUACAUGUAAUCUCCACCAUUCAUUGUGGAGGUGGAGUAGUAUAAAUAAGGGUAGGAGCCUUCAUUCCUAAUAGAUCCAAGUAGAGAUAAAUAGCUUGGGAAGUCUCUAUCCUCAAGCUUGAGUGAGCCACCAUAGACUGAGACAAUUUUGUAAACACAUCCUUGUAACCAUACUAUCACUUUGUAUAGUGGAAGAAUCUCCAUAUUGGAAAAUUAUAAUCGUGUGCUCCCAUUACUACCUUUAAUUACUAAGUGCCUAUCUUAACUUCACGAAGCGGGAAAGUCCGAGUUUUCCCAACAGUGGUAUCAGAGCCAGAUGGUUCGACUUGGUGACCGGCUCAGACGAGUAAAAUGGCGGUGAUGGAUCUCAGCCUUGGGGAUCCCUUGUAUCGAAAGUCUUCCAAGCAGUGAGUCCAGGCAGCGUGUCCCGCAGAUGGAGCGGCGGUGCAAGUACCGCAGGUAGCUAGAGCAUGAAGGCUCUAAUGGUUAUACUCGUGGAUGAUGACUUUCGCUUGAAGGGGGAGGCUUCCAUGUGGAAGAGACUCACACUUGAGGGGGAGAUGUGUUAGAGUACAAGUGUGAGAUGAAGUCCCACAUCGGGUAAAAGAAUCUCCCCGAUAUUUCCUCCCAUCGAGUUUUUCCCAACAGUGGUAUUAGAGCCAGGUUGUUCGACUUGGUGAUCGGCUCAGACGAGUAAGAUGGCGGUGAUGGAUCUCAGCUUUGGGGAUCCCUUGUAUCGAAAGUCUUCCAAGCGGUGAGUCCAGGCAGCGUGUCCCGCAGAUGGAGCGGCGGUGCAAGUACCGCAGGUAGCUAGAGCAUGAAGGCUCUAAUGGUUAUACUCGUGGAUGAUGACUUUCGCUUGAAGGGGGAGGCUUCCAUGUGGAAGAGACUCACACUUGAGGGGGAGAUGUGUUAGAAUACAAGUGUGAGAUGAAGUCCCACAUCGGGUAAAAGAAUCUCCCCGAUAUUUCCUCCCAUCGAGUUUUUCCCAAUAGUGGUAUCAAGAAUCAGGUUCAUCCGGAGCCGUCAUUAGCUCGUGCAGUUCAAGAUAGAGGAUAAUGUCGCUCAUGAUGGAGACAUGUUCAAGGAUGUGUUUACAAAAUUGAAGAAUGGAGAAGAGCCAUGCAAGAAGAGAUGCAAUCCUUGCAUGAGAAUAACACCUAUGAAUUGGUGGAGUGGAGAAUAGCCAUGCAAGAAGAGAUGAAAUCCUUGCAUGAGAAUAACACUUAUGAAUUGGUGGUGGAGAAGAGCCAUGCAAGAAGAUAUGCAAUCCUUGCAUGAGAAUAAAACCUAUGAAUUGGUGGAGUGGAGAAUAGCCAUGCAAGAAGAGAUGAAAUCCUUGCAUGAGAAUAACACCGGAGUGGAGAAUAGCCAUGCAAGAAGAGAUGAAAUCCUUGCAUGAGAGUAACACCUAUGAAUUGGUGGAGUGGAGAAGAGCCAUGCAAGAAGAGAAGCAAUCCUUGCAUGAUGACCAAAGCACAUUGACAUAAGGUAUCCAAGGUGCCAGUUUGCUACUACCCCCCAAUUAAGUCAGGAGAGGGAGAUUUGUUGGGAUCCCUCCUUAAUUGGAGAGGUUCUAGAAAAUUCUGGAGCUUUCUGGAAAAGUGUAGAAUUUUCUAGAACGUCCUGGAGAACUCUAGAGUAGUGUAAAACUCUCUAGAAGCUUGUGAAAGAAUGUGGAAACCUCUGGAAUAUUCUAGAGAUGUGUGGAACCUUCUGGAACCUUAUGGAAGGAUAUGAAAAAGAGUAGAAGAGUGUAGAGACUCCUAGAAUGUGUGGAGCAUUCUAGAGAAUUAAUCUCCACCCUAGGAUACAAGUAAUCUCCACCAUUCAUUGUGGAGAUGGAGUAGUAUAAAUAAGGGUAGGAGCAUUCAUUCCUAAUAGAUCCAAGUAGAGAUAAAUAGCUUGGGAAGUCUCUAUCCUCAAGCUUGAGUGAGCCACCAUAGACUGAGACAAUUUUGUAAACACAUCCUUGUAACCCUACUAUCACUUUGUAUAGUGGAAGAAUCUCCAUAUUGGAGAAUUAUAAUCGUGUGCUCCCAUUACUACCUUUAAUUACUAAGUGUCUAUCUUAACUUCACGAAGCGGGAAAGUCCGAGUUUUCCCAACAGAAAGGUACCUGGAGGCCUGUCACUAUGUUUAUACUGUUGUACAUCCUUUACUUUGUUAGAUAUAUUAGAUCAUAUGAAAUUGGUUUUUAUGUAACUUAUUGUACAUACCUUGCCCUACAUGUUGAUAUAUGUUGUUUUGACAAGACAGGGACACUUACUUCUGAUGACAUGGAAUUUUCUGGAAUUGUUGGGUUGAAUGGAACUACAGAUUUGGAAUCUGAUACGAGUAAAGUGCCUCUGCGAACAGUAGAAAUCCUGGCUUCUUGCCAUGCAUUGGUAUUUGUUGAGAAUAAGCUGUCUCUCAAAGGCUUAUGUAGCGCCUGUGGAGUUUGCUGGUUCAGGGUUGCUUGCGAUUGCAUUUGUUAGCUUGUCUUCCCCAGACCAAGGGAUAAGAAGAUUAGCGUAUGGCACUCUUGAUAAAUUUAAGAAUGCAGUAGAGAAAGUGCCUGCUGGGAAAGUUCAGCUAGAGAAUCUUAUGAGACUGUAAGGUUGUGGAAGCCUCUAAAACCGUUUGCAAGCCAGGGCCAAAGUGAAUAUUUGUUGAAUUUUUGGGCUUGGACUUUUUCCAGGGGCUGAUUUGUAGGGGUUAGCGCUCUCUGAAUGAGGCAUUAUUAGAGAAUAUAAUAGUGUAUUGGAUAGGAUUCUAUGGAAUUCAAAUAUUAUAUCAUAUUAAUGACUGCCUUUCUGUUUUUGUGUAUA